GUUGAUAUAAAGUUGCAAUCAUAUAUCGUUAAAGCAGGCGCAGAACCAUAGGGUUAGAAGUCAAGACCUGCCGGGCAGAGAGUUUCUAUAUACCUGUCGCAUGGCGAGCAUACAGGCUGUAGCCGAUGCCUCGCAGGUUCCCCACACUUGUGCUCACUCGCAGCAUGGUUUUCUUCCCAUGGUUCCUGGUAUGGCUAGUCUGUGACAAAUAUCAUUUUCCUCUUGAUACUUAUAUCCUACGCCAUGGGAAAGCUCGAAAGUUCUGUCCGAUCAGAAAGCUAGGUGCACACUGAAUGAGACCUUCAUAUCACUCAAUCCAAAGCACAGCAGAGGCCAGUGCAUGUUAGGUAGUAAAAAACAAAACCUUAAAAGGUUUUGGUUUAGCAAAGCCUUUCUCGGUCCUGCUGAUUUCGUGAUGAUUUCGAUAUUUUGAUGUCGAUAAAAUAAAACGGGAGAAAAAAGAUGUAAAGUGAAAUCGGAUUUCGUGAUUUUUGUUAAGUUCGGCAAAUGCACCGACGAGCGGAAUUUUGAUUUGGCAUCUGCUCGGGCCUCGUCAAAUUUAAGUCCCCGAUGACAAAAACCGAGGUUGUCAAAG